GCAGUAGGGCCUGUGGUUGCCGUGGAGCAUCGGCUGAAUGGGGACAUUAGGCCUUUGGAAGCCCGGCCUGGCCCGCCAGGAUUCCUGGGGUGGGGGCAGGGCCACCUCCGGGCUUGGAGCUUUACAGGGAGCAAAGGCCGGCCAGGCUUCAGUGGGUUGGAGUGGGGUUGGUGGGGUGCAGGGGCCUUACCCCAGUGGACACCAGCUCUUCUUUCCCCAUCCCUCACCCCACCUUUGGCCCCUGGGUCAGACCUACUAUGGGCAGGUGCUGAAGAAGUCAGCAGACCUCCAGACCAAUGCCUGUGUCACUGCAGCCAGGCCGGUCCCCCAGCACAUCCGGGAAGCCCUGCAGAAUGUACACGAGGAAGUAUCCUUGAGGUAUUAUGGCUGUGGUCUGGUCAUCCCUGAGUGUCUGGAAAACUGCUGGAUUUUGGACCUGGGUAGUGGAAGUGGCAGAGAUUGCUAUGCUCUUAGUCAGUUGGUUGGUGAGAAGGGACAUGUCACUGGAAUAGACAUGACAGAAGGUCAGGUGGAAGUAGCUAACAAGUACAUUGAAUAUCACAUGGAAAAAUAUGGGUUCCAGGCACCCAAUGUGAAUUUUAUUCAUGGCUACAUAGAAAAGUUGGAAGAGGCUGGAAUCAAGAAUGAGAGUUAUGAUAUUGUUAUAUCCAAUUGUGUCAUUAACCUUGUACCUGAUAAACAGCAAGUGCUGCAGGAGGUAUAUCGAGUGUUAAAGCAUGGUGGGGAGCUAUAUUUCAGUGACGUCUAUGCUAGCCUUGAAUUGCCAGAAGAAAUCAGGACACACAAAGUUUUAUGGGGUGAGUGCCUGGGUGGUGCUUUGUACUGGAAGGACCUUUUUAUCCUUGCCAAAAAAAUUGGGUUCUGCCCUCCACGUUUGGUCACUGCCAAUUUCAUUACAGUUCAAAACAAGGACCUAGAAAACGUAAUCGGCGAUUGCUGUUUUGUUUCUGCAACAUUUCGCCUCUUCAAACUCCCUAAGACAGGACCAACCAAAAAAUGCCAAGUUAUUUACAAUGGAGGAAUUACAGGACACGAGAAAGAACUGAUAUUUGAUGCAAAUUUCACAUUUAAGAAAGAUGAAGCUGUUGAAGUAGAUGAAGAAACAGCGUCUAUCUUGAAGAAUUCACGAUUUGCCCAAGAUUUUCUAAUCAGACCAGAUGGAGAGAAGUUGCCAACAUGUGGAGGCUAUACUGCUUUAGAAGUAAAGGAUAUGAUCACAGAUCCAUUUGAGCUUGCAGGGAGGUCUGACAGUGCAGAGUCCCGAAGUUCCCCUGCUGUUGGUGGCUGCUGCAGUACAAAGAAAUGCUCCUAAAACAACAGCUGAGCAGAAGACAGUGGGCAGGAGGUGAAAGAAUGAGUUACACAUGUCUUAACCCCCCCUUUCCCAUAGCCCAUACCACAAGAAAGAACAGGUGACAGAAGUCCACUGAUUUCUAGGUAAAAAUAAAUGAGUUAUCUUUACAAAGUAUUAAAGGUUUAUAUCAAAAUCACAUAAAGACCCGUUAAGCCCGGUUCCUCUUACCUGAUUCUGGUGCCACCUGGUGGCCAGAAAUGGAACUGAGCAGCAGUCUGAAAGCUUGGCCCAUAGGCAAGGAAGGCUUUAGAAAAGAGAGUUGGCCGAGUCUCAGGGAAAACAUCUUCCUUCUGACCUGCUUAGAACCUUUUGGACUUUUCACCAUGUGUACUCAUUAAACAAAGCUCCUACUGAAAUCAUUUGAAUCAUGCCAAAAGAUUGCCAAAUCAAAUUUGGUAGGAGUGCUUUUGAGAUAAUGGUCUUUUAUAUCAGUUUUUUUCCUCCAGUGUGCAACUGAAUAAAGAAAAAACCCAAGUGUUAA